AUGCUUAUCUUUGGGUUCUUGCUGCUCUGCAGCAUUGAAGCAAAGGGGGAAGAGGCUAACUGUAGUAUGAUAGGAAAUCCAGAGUACCCCCUGCUGUCAAAGGAUGGAGACAUUAUCAUUGGAGGAGCUUUUUCAAUUCACAGCAAAAUACAUUUGGAAACGCCUUCUUUUACUGAAAAACCUCAUCGUCUAAUGUGCACCAGCCUUAAUCUGAGAGAAUUCCGCUUUGCUCAGACCAUGAUCUUUGCCACUGAGGAAAUUAACAGCAAGAGGAACAUACUCCCAAAUAUUUCAGUUGGAUACCAAAUAUUUGACAGCUGUGGUUCAACACUAGCCUCUAUGAGGUCAUCAAUGGCUCUGAUAAAUGGUCAGGAGUUAACAGCAGAACAAACCUGCUAUGGGAAAACAGCAGUGAAAGCCAUUAUUGGAGAAUCUGAGUCUUCCUCAACCAUUGUACUGUCCAGAGCAACAGGGCCCUUUCAGAUUCCUGUGAUUAGUCAUUUUGCUACCUGUGCCUGCCUGAGCAACAGAAAGCAGUUUCCUUCUUUCUUUAGAACUAUACCCAGUGAUUACUACCAGAGCAGAGCACUGGCUCAGCUAGUCAAACACUUCGGUUGGACAUGGGUAGGAGCAGUGAGAAGUGAUAAUGACUAUGGAAACAAUGGCAUGGCAACCUUUGUAGAGGUAGCCGAAAGAGAAGGAGUAUGCAUUGAGUAUUCUGAGGCCAUACUGAGAACAAACUCCAAAGAGAAGAUUGCUAAUGUUGUUGAAGUGAUGAAAAAGGGCACUGCUAAUGUUAUUGUGGCAUUUCUGGCACAGGGUGAAAUGGAUGUGUUGCUAGAGGAGAUUAUCAGACAAAAUGUAACAGGGCUACAGUGGGUUGGCAGUGAAUCCUGGAUUACAGCGAAGUACUUGGCAACUGAAAGUGUUUCAAAAGUGCUCGGCGGUGCAAUUGGCUUUACUAUCAGCAAGUCAAAAAUCCCAGGCCUGAAAGAAUUUCUCCUUAAGGUCAGUCCUUCUCAGAACCCUACAAAUUCUCUUUUGAGGGAAUUUUGGGAGAUGACGUUUGGAUGCCGUCUCUCACCAACAAUCAGCUCUAAAACUGAGUAUGAGAAGUUUUGCGAUGGAUCUGAAAAUCUGAGCAAUGUGAGUAAUGCAUUCACAGAUGUAUCAGAGCUAAGGAUUUCAAAUAAUGUUUAUAAGGCAGUCUAUGCUAUAGCUAUAGCACUGCAUAACACACUGGCUUGCACUACAAAUGGAGCACAUGAUAAUACAACAUGUGGAAAAAAGGAUUUGAUGGUUUCCAACCAAGUACUACAUUCCCUUCAAAAUGUGAAUUUCACAAUGGCUUCAGGUGAGAGAGUUUUCUUUGACCGAAAUGGAGACCCCACUGCAAGAUAUGAGCUGGUAAACUGGCAGAAAAAUGGAUCAGGGGAAAUAAGUUUUAUCACUGUGGGUCACUAUGAUGCCUCACUCCUCAGUGAACAGCAGUUUGUGAUGAAUUCUAUCAAUAUAUUUUGGGCAGGAGACAGCCACAUGAAACCAAACUCGGUGUGCAGUGAGAGCUGCCAGCCAGGUUUCAGACCAGCUGUGAUCAAAGGGAGACCAGCAUGCUGCUUUGAAUGUUUGCGAUGCCCUUCUGGAGAAAUCCGCAAUACUACUGAUUCGGCUGAGUGCAUCAAAUGCCCUUUAGAGUACUGGUCAAAUGAAAACCACAGUGCCUGUAUUCUCAAGAAGGUGGAGUUUCUUUCAUUUGAGGAAAAUAUGGGAAUACUUCUGACUGCAUUCUCGUUAACCGGGGUAUCUUUAACGAUUGCAGUUGCACUGGUGUUUUACCACUUUAUGGACACACCUCUUAUAAAGGCCAGCAAUACAGAGCUGAGCUUCCUUCUACUAUUUUCACUGAUGCUAUGUUUUCUCUGUUCACUUACAUUUAUAGGGCAGCCCUCUGAGUGGUCCUGUAUGCUGCGUCACACAGCAUUUGGGAUCACUUUUGCCCUUUGCAUGUCUUGUGUUCUGGCUAGGACAUUUGCAGUGGUAAUGGCCUUCAAGGCCACAGUGCCUGGUACAAAUGUUCCUCAGUGUUCAUUGCCCUUACAAAGAAUUAGUGUUUUCUGUUGCACUCUUUUCCAAGUAAUCAUAUGUACCCUGUGGCUGACGUUAGCUCCUCCAAUGCCAUAUAAAAAUUUUGCUCAUUCGACUGAUAAAAUAAUACUUGAAUGUGAUCUAGGCUCAGCAAUAGGUUUCUGGGCAGUGUUGGGUUAUAUUGGCCUACUGGCUGUCUUGUGCUUCAUUCUAGCUUUUAUGGCUCGAAAGCUGCCAGAUAACUUCAAUGAAGCCAAAUUCAUCACAUUUAGUAUGCUUAUUUUUUGUGCCGUUUGGGUUACCUUUAUCCCAGCUUAUGUCAGUUCUCCUGGAAAAUUCACUGUAGCUGUGGAGAUAUUUGCCAUUUUAGCCUCUAGUUUUGGUUUGUUUUUAUGUAUAUUCACACCAAAAUGCUACAUUAUCAUACUUAAGCCAGAAAAAAACACUAGGAAACAUAUCAUGGGCAAAGCUCUUGAUAAACCACAAUAA